UGGAGAGCAGUGAGGUGAGACGGACGUCGAUAAAUGUUCAGCAGUUGCUAUCCCGUAGUCCUCUCGUGAGACUACAAACCGCACAAAGCGAUGGUUCUUGCGGACUUCUUGAUCGCUACUGGCGCCGUACUAGGCUUCAUCUCGCUCUUCAAGAACGUACUCACCUUCGCCCGAUGGCUGUACGCCGCGUUCCUGAGGAAGCCCAAGGACUUGCGUGACUACGGCUCAUGGGCCAUCGUCACCGGCGCCACCGACGGCAUCGGGAAAGCCCUGGUGUUUGAGCUCGCCUCCAAGGGCCUCAACCUCAUGCUCGUCGGUCGGAACCCCAGCAAACUCGAGGCCACCUCGAGGGAGCUGAGGAUAGAUUCGGAGCAACCACCGAGACACUUUGUCCAGGUCAAGACCGUGGUCGCCGAUCUCGCGAAGCUGAGCGGAGAGGAGAUAGCGGCGGCCAUUGCAGGAGCGACGGAAGGGAUCGACGUCGGGUUGCUGGUCAACAACGCGGGGAUGGCUUAUCUCCCGAAAUACUUUCACGAGGUGGAUCGAGAGUUGACGGAGAGCAUAUUGAGAGUGAACGUCAACGCAGCGGUGUGGGUGACGAAGGGAGUGAUCGAUGGAAUGUUGAAGAGGAAGAGAGGAGCGAUCUUGAACAUGGGAUCUGGUUCCGCCAUGGAUAUCUCUUCGUUUCCUCUUUUGACCUUGUAUGCCUCCACCAAAGCUUUUCUGGCAUCAUUCUCAAAAAGCAUCAGUCUAGAGUACGAGGGACAAGGAAUUGAUAUUCAAUGUCAGGCUCCCUUUUUCAUUGCCACCAAAAUGACCAAGAUGAAGAGUCGGUAUCUCUUCGUACCUUCGGCGGAGAUAUUCAGCAGAGCUAGCGUGCGGUGGAUCGGGUACGACCGGGUGUGCAACCCCUAUUGGUCGCACUCGGUUCAGGCGUUCAUGGCACGCAGGCUGGACACAAUCACCGUUUGGGUUCUCGAAUGUUACGCGAAAUGGUGGAGAGCUCAAGAAAGAUCGCGUCGUUAGGUCAUCGAACAUGGUAAUCGCAUUUUCAGACGCACCCCGACGUAAUUGCAGCUUGUGUGCAUGACUUGGAUAUGAAAGCUUGGAGUGGCGUGAUAUGGGUCUGUGGUCGAGCCUUGAAUAUGGCAUGUGAUAUGAAGACUUUCUAUUUUUCAUUCGGUAUGCAUAAGUUUUCGUUUAUACA